AUGCACUCCCUCUCGAUCCUCCUACUUUCCUUACCUUUCCUUCCAGGGCAUGUCCUAGCCGACACUCUCCAGUCCGUCAUCUCCGCCUACUCACUCACCGCCGCUUCGUACAACUUUUCCGUACCCACCACCACGCUCAACAGCGACGAUGCGGCCCAGUGGAUCGUCAGCAAGUGGGACGCAACGGGCGGGAAGCUCGAUUUUGGGGAAAACGACGUUGUCUUCUCUCCGGACCCGGCAAGUACUUCGGCCACCGUCGUCAGGCGCCAAGGGGGCGUGACGGUCCCUACCUCCGCCGCAUCCUCGACGGCCUCGAUCAGAGCCAGCUCGUCCACUUCCCGGUCCACCUCGAAAUCAGCGACAGGUUCAGCCACCUCGCCAUCAUCCACAAACCUGUCGGGCCAGCCUCCGGUACUGAGGGUAGAAUACCCUCAGGGAUCCUAUUCGAAAAAGACGGGCGGAACGCAGUUCACCUCAAAUUUGACGACGUUGGCAGGCGGCAGUGCUGGCGGGUAUGAGAAGAUGUUGUUGAGCUACGAUGUGUGGUUCCCCGCUGGAUACAACUUCAAUCUCGGCGGAAAGCUGCCGGGUCUGCGAGGCGGACCAGACAGGUUCGGCUGUUCAGGCGGGAAUCAGACGGACGGGACAGGCUGCUUUAGCACUAGGCUCAUGUGGCGUCAGAACGGUGCAGGAGAGGUCUACGCUUAUAUCCCCUCAACAACGACCCUCUGCUCGCAAGGCCAGACCAUCUGUAAUUCCGACUAUGGUGUCUCGCUCGGUCGAGGCCAAUUCUCCUUCCUCACUGGACAAUGGCAGACCAUCUGGCUCUUGGUAGUCUUGAACGAAGUCGGCAAGUCGAAUGGUCUCAUUGAACUAUGGUACAACGGCGUCCAAGCCCUUCAAUUCCCUCAAUCAGCCCUCCGCACCUCAUCCUCCAUAACCGGCAUCACCGGACUCUUCUUCUCCACCUUCUUCGGCGGAGACGAUACGACCUGGGCGUCCCCGACCCAACAGUUCAGCUAUUAUCGGAACAUACAGCUCUUUGCGGGGAGUGGGGCGAGUACGGCCGCUGGACCGAGUACGACGACGAGCUCGACAGGGAGCAAGGGCGGGGCGGGGGCCAGGAUGGGAGGCGCGGGAGGGUGGACGGCAGCGGCGGUGUUGGGGUCCGUAGGGGUGUUGGCUGUUGUUGGGUGGGGCAUGAUCUGA